AUAAAAAUUACAGCCGCCUUACCCAGACCAGAGUAUUUGAGAGCGGGCGCCACAAAUGGGAGCGGCCUUGAGAGGAUGAGAGCUGCAAAACUGCUGCAAUAUGCUUUUCGCCAAUGGAAACCCGCUGCCAAAGAAGUUCUGGGUCACUCCAUUCUCCUCGCUCAAUUCUUUUCCCUUUUGCACCUCACCGAAACCUACAUCUGCUCCCCGACCCUAGUUUAUGGGCCGAGCAUGCUACCCACGUUGAAUUUGACCGGCGACGUUUUGCUGGUUGAUAAGCUGUCGUUGUUGCUGGGGAAGGUGGGGCCAGGCGACGUCGUUUUGGUGCGGUCCCCGCAGAACCCCAGGAAGUGCAUAACGAAGCGCAUUGUGGGCGUGGAGGGCGAUACCGUCACCUUCUUGGUGGAUCCCGCUCGCAGCGACCGCUCUCAUUCGUUAGUGGUUCCAAAGGGCCACGUGUGGAUUCAGGGGGAUAAUAUAUAUGCAUCAAAAGAUUCACGGCAGCUUGGCCCAAUUCCUUAUGGGCUGAUUCUUGGCAAAGUCUUUUAUAGAGUGUGGCCUCCCGAAGACUUUGGCCCAUUGGGACAAUGAGAAAUUUGAGAAACAUAAUUGUAAUUAGAGAGUUGUCUAUGCUUCUUGCUACAAAUCUUAGAUGAUAAAUGAAUGCCUCGCAUGACUGCCCGUGGAUAAUCCAAACGCUUACGUGAAGGACAUCAACCCAAACGAAAUGCAGCUGUUGGGCGUUCCAUCUCACUGGAUGAUAUCAUCUAUCAACAACUUUCCAAAUUUGAAUUUUCUGUUCGUGUAAACAGAGAGAGGGGUGGGGUGGAAACUGUAUUUUAUGCUUUUUACAUUAUCUCUCUAUCUAAUGAUCGUUCCAUCUACCUUAACUGAUGUGCUGCAUUGAGUGUGGUUUUAGCUAAGAACUCAACUGCAUCAUCAUCAUAUUUUUAUAUAUUUGUAUUAUUAUUAUUAGUAUUUAGU